CUUAUAGUCUUAUACGAUGACGAUGAUUAUGAAAUGAUAGGAUCCCCUUCACAUUCUGCCGCAGAUAAGUAUCGUGUUCUAGUAGCUUUAUCUAGUGAAACAACCUGGGAAACUAUCCUCGGAAGACUCGAAGAUCUCAGGAUGUUUUUUUUGGGUUUAAUUCUUGGGUUUUGUUUUUUGGGUUGAUUUGCCAGCUUUUGAAGUCAACAGACCUUUCUGGGGUUUGGGUUUUGUGUAUCUGUACGCGUUUUUCAGAACCCUUCGUCUUCUGGUCCAAGGUUAAUUAGUCCAGCAACGCGCGAAGAACACUCAUUAUUUACGUUUUUUUUUUUUUUUUUUUUUUUGAUGAGUUUAAGGAGGCGGUUUUACAGACUGUACUGGGUACUUUUGCUUUUGAUUUGAGGAAAUGAUGAAUGGGUUUUGGGGAUUCAGAGAGAUUCGUCCUGCGUUGCUGGCAGUGGUGUUGGUUUUGGUUUUGGUUUACCAGCAUUUGUCUUUUUGUUGGUCCCUGAGUGAUAAAGGUAUUGUUUUGUCCAGAUCUAAGGAGACUGUAGUUCAUGAUUCUUUUGAGGAUGGCAAUGGAGGAAAAAAUCUGUGUCGGUCUGAUGUUGAGUGUUCUAGAGGAAAUGCUGUGGCUCUGAGCGUGGAAAAGCCUAGAAAUGUAGCUCACAGGAAGUUGAUGGCUGUAACACUAACACCUUUUAAUCUGUUUGGCCCUUUUGUUCCUCCAUUUUGGGUUAGCCCGGGCCCUGUACAGAGUGCUCCACCGCCAUCUCCAUCCCCGUUCUCGCCAUCUCCUGCGCCAUUGCCAUCUAUGGUGCCACAGUUGGCCCCGGCCCCUCCUCGUGCUGCUUCUAUAACCCCAUCAUCAGUUCCUGCUCCUGCAGAGGGACCUAGCCCUAGCGUUUCGUCUGAUAAUUUCAGUGGGAAACACCAUCGAGUUUUGAUAGUUUCUGCAGCAAUUGGCGGUUCUGUCUUGGUUGUAGCUUUGUUCAUUGUCAUAGUAUUCUCUCAGAAGAAUAAGAUGGCGGUUGUCAGACCUUGGGCAACGGGGCUAAGCGGGCAGCUGCAAAGAGCGUUUGUCACGGGUGUGCCAAAGCUGAAGAGGCAAGAACUCGAGACAGCGUGCGAAGAUUUCAGCAAUGUCAUUGGUUCCUCGUCGGUUUGUACGUUGUACAAGGGCACAUUGUCCAGUGGAGUUGAGAUUGCUGUCAUGUCUCUUACUUUCGCGUCUGCUAAGGAUUGGUCGAGAGAUCACGAAGCCCAAUUCAGAAAGAAGAUUGAUUCACUGUCAAAAGUGAACCACAAGAACUUUGUGAACCUCAUUGGAUAUUGCGAGGAAAAGGAGCCUUUCACCAGAAUGAUGGUGUUUGAAUAUGCUCCAAAUGGAACGCUUUUCGAACAUUUACACAUUAGGGAGGCCGAACAUUUGGACUGGGGGGCGCGAAUGAGGGUCAUAAUGGGAACGGCAUACUGUCUCGGGCACAUGCACCAGAUGGCGCCGCCAAUCGCGCACAAGAACCUGAAAUCCUCGGCCAUACAGCUCGCGGAGGAUUCUGCAGCCAAGAUAUCAGAUUUUGCGGUCUGGAACGAGUCUGCUGACGACGAAACAGACGCAACGCCAGAGAGCAACGUGUACAGCUUCGGGGUGAUCCUGCUCGAGGUGGUGACCGGGAGGCUGCCAUACUCUCCCAACGGCACCGCCCUCGAGGACUUUGCAUCAGACUAUCUCAGAGGCACACAGUCCCUAAGGGAAAUGGCUGAUCCAACUCUCACUUCCUUCCAAGAACACCAGCUUGAUGGCAUUGGUGAAGUGAUCAAAUCUUGCUUGCGUCUCAGCCCGAGACUCAGACCUACCAUGAGAGAAGUUGCAGAUAGGUUGAGGGAGAUCACUGGGAUUGGACCUGAUGGUGCAAUCCCUAAACUAUCUCCUCUCUGGUGGGCCGAGCUCGAGAUACAAUCCGCAGACAUUUCUAACUGAAUAGUUUCGACUAAAAGUCUAAACUGAUAGUGAGAUCGUACUUGUGUUCAACACAGCUUGAUACAUGAAUCUUGUGCCAUCUUCUUGAUGGCAAUUAGAAGUCUUGUAUUUUUACAGAAGCUGUAAAUUCAAAGGCUUGUGGGAGUUUGAUUCAUUUUUUUCUUUUUUUUUUUUUUAGCUUGUAAAAUUGUUUGGUUUGGGGAUCAGAUGAAUAUAUUAUACAUUUGGAAUGUAAUUUGAAUAUGUAGAUAAUGCUUCACAACAUGCUAUA